GAAACUUCGUCUCCACAGUUCCAUCUUCUCCUGGAAGAAUGCAGCACUCCUGCUGCUUCUCUCUCUCUCUUUGGAGGAGACCACAUCAUCUCCAAUCAAUAGAGUCAAACAGAAACCAGGAGUGUGCCCCCGAGAGAGGGUCAUCUGUAUGACUAAAGUUCCAGACUACUGCACAACUGAUUGGCAGUGCCUAAAACACAUGAAAUGCUGCUCAUUUGCCUGUGGGAAAAAGUGCAUGGAUCCAUUCCAAGAACCCUGCAUGCUACCCUCAGACAAAGGACAGUGUAACAUUAAUCUCUUGCGCUGGUAUUUUGACUUUCAACGUCAGUCCUGCCAACGCUUCAAGUAUGGAGGCUGCCAUGGGAAUGCCAACAACUUCAUCAGUGUUGUAGACUGCCAAAUGGCUUGCUCAUCAACUGUCAAGAAGGGACAGUGCCCACUCUUCCCUUUCAAGGACCGUAUGGAGUGUCCAACUUCAUGUAAGAGUGACUUCGAUUGCCCUGAAACUGACAAAUGUUGUGAAUCCAUGUGUGGCUUUGUUUGUGCCAAGGCCUGGACAGUCAAAUCAGGUUUCUGCCCAAGCAAGCCCAUCGAGUGUUCCAAGAUUGAUAGACCCAAGUGCCUGCAAGAUCAUGAUUGCCCAAUGUUACAGAAGUGCUGUUCACAUUGUGGACUGAAGUGCCUGGAACCUCAAAAUUGA